AUGGGGUUGGGUUGGGUGCCGCUGUCGGAGCCGGAGCGCGCGGCGUGGCGGCUACGCGAGGCGUGGCUGUGCGGCGGCGCGCUGUCUCCGCUGCCCGCGGCGCUGCUGUCCUCGCGGCUGGGGCCGUCGCGUGUCGCCGGCGCCGCGCUGCUGGCCGCCGGUCUGCUGCAGCCGCUGACGCCGCUCGCCUGGCUCACCGCCUACCACUGGCUGCUCUGCGCCGCGCAGGGCUUCGCCGUGGGCGCUGUGUGGCCUUCCCUACACGCCCUAGGAGCUGCCUGGUAUCCUCCUCUUCAGCGCACCGGAUACAUCGCUCUUUAUUCCAGUGCGGCGCUGGGCCCGGUGCUGGCGUCGUGUCUGGGCUGGUGGCUGGGCCGCGACGGGCUGGGCUACGCGCUGUCGCUGUCGUCGCUGCUGUGGUUCCUGGCCUGGCAGCAGAUGGUGCGCGACCGCCCGCACCAGCACCCCAGACUCUCGCCCGACCAGUGCUCCAGCCUCGCUGCCGCCAUCGGACCUUCCUUCUCCAGCGGACCGCCGACUUGA